AUGAACUUUUUUCCGAUCCUCCUUCUACUUUCCCUGCUUUCAAAACCAGCUUUCGGGCAACAACAACAACAACAACAUGAACAGGAAGACGAUAUAAUCUGUCCUGAUGAAUCAUUAACGACUUACCUUCAUGCUUUGAUAGAUGUACUAUACGCAAAUGGAUUAAAUACAUUUGAACAAUUAAUAGUUCAUCAUUCAGAGAUAGAUAGUGGAUAUGAAUUUUUACAUAAUAUGUAUACUUCAGGACAGAAAAUGACAUUGCUCGUUCCUACAGAUCAGGCAUUUCAACAAUCUGGUAUUGUUAGUCCGUUCAAUGGACUGACUGAUGAUUGGGGUACGGAAUUAGGUGAACUGCAUUGUUUACAAGGCGAAUGGACAUAUGAUAAAUUACCUAAUACAGGGCAUGGAAUAGCUUCAACCUCACUACUGCUAGUAAACGAGAUGAACUCAACGGACGUAAAUACGAAUGCUAGUCAAGCGUUAGUGCUAGAACGUGGAGGCGAUAAUCAGGUGAUAGUAGAUGGAUGGUAUGGGAACGCUACUAGUUGGUCUGGUCCAUUGGAUCUUAGUAGUGCAGGAGGUGUUUUAGGUAAUUUGGUUAUAUUACCUAUUGAUCAGGUCUUAUCGUUCCCCCCUUCUUUAUCAACAGCUCUUUCGACUCCAGGGUUGACUAACAUGUCAUCUGCGUUAUCGGUAGUCGGCAAAUCUGAAGAAGUCGAACAAUUGACAGAAGGUGGAUUUACUAUCUUUGUUCCUGUAGACUCAAGUUGGUCAGAUGAUAUCAAGGAUGUAAUGGUAGAUCAGAAUAAAGCACCUGGGCUGGUCGGUAAUCAUUAUACAACGAAAUAUUCCUUAUUCUCCUCGGCAUGGACGGGGCCUUCGACUUUCGAACUUGACGUUGAAUCUGGCGAGAAAAUAACUAUAAAAGUAAACGAAGAUGGCUCUUCUUCGGUGGUACUGGGUGAAAUAGAAGCUAAAAUAAUAAGAAGUGAUGUUACGUUAGACAAUGGUGUUUUACAUAUGAUUGAUAAAGUCCUUUAUCCGACGAACCCGAAAUCAUCGACGACCGAGAGCGAUGCUUCCACCGCUACAUCAUCAACACCAUCUACGGCCAGCUCAACUUCCACUUCAGCAACAAUACCAGAUGGUUCCAAACCUGGUUCGAAUGGUAACACCGAUGCGAAUGGUAAAGCAGUUAUCCCCGAUAGCGGUAGUAAUUCAGCUUCGAGAUUUGGUAUUUCAUGGUUGACACUAGGGUCAGCGAUCAUCAUAUCGUGGAUAACACUGUGA